AUGACCUCUGCCUGGUUAACCGUCCCUAGGUACGAACUAGAUACUGGUCUUUGUAGAAGGUACGGGAAGGCUUAUGCAAGUUCGAUUGUGACUUUUCCAGGGGCGCAGUCGCAUAUCAUCCAGAUCGCCGGCGUGAGGGGCGACAGCUCUUACAGCGCCUACGUCAUACCGGAUAUCCCCAUCGGCGUAAGGGCCACGGCGGUGACAGGCAUCUCGCUAAACAAAGGCCUCUUAUGGCACCAUGGACGCGUCGUUGAGGCUCAGCCAAUAAGGAAUGCACUGAAGGGCUUCUUCGAGUUCUUGGGCCCUGGCCGAGUCCUGCUGGUCGGCCACAACGCAAAGACGUUCGACAGUCGCGUACUGAUCACGACAGCCACCAACACGGGUAUGAUCAACGUUCUGAAAAUGCAAACUCUUGGAUUCCUCGACACGCUGCCACUUUUUCGCAAGCUGUACCCACGCAGGAAGACACAUACACUGGGAGAUCUCCACAAGAGUCUCAUCGGCGAGAAGUUCGCGGCCCACAAUGCCUCGGCAGACACACGUGCACUCCAGAGGCUAGUGGAGAAGGUGAGCCCGGACCUGAAGACCAUGGAGGCCUACACGUUCGAUGUCGAGUACGUGGAGGCGGCGUUGGCUUACUUGUACAUGAAAAAGGAAAAUAUGGAGACUCUUUACCCUCUUGAGAAUGUAAACGUGAAAGUAUCCAUGUUAGAGAAGAUCGCUGCAAGCGGCCUCAAGAUGGAGCAUCUUCAAGCAGCCUACAAAAGCGACCGAGAGAACGGGAUUCGAGAACUCUUUGCGCAGCAAUUGCCCGACGGGAAGGCCAGGGUUACAAGGGUAAAACGAAUUGUUGAUAAUGUCAUUUCGUUCUUCGAAAAUGCCGCCUAAUUCUGCGUUUACUCUGUUUGUCCAGAGCAAACGAAUCUGAAAAACCGGUUGGAGCCUCGUCUAUGUCCAGACAAGUCAACUCGGACUUUUAAAGAAGCUUUUGGGUUUUACCUGAAUAAUAAUAAGAGCAUAAAUUUUUAAGAUGUUUAUGACACUAGGCUAGAAAUAAUUAUUAUGCAUUUGUGUCAUUGGUUGAUGUACAUCCAUCAACAUGAACCCGAACCCAAUGCACAAGAACCAUUUUGCAUUUGAUUUCUUCAGUAUUUAAUUAUAUAUCAGCUCACAGUUGUUUAAUGUUGGGAAGUCUAUCCAUGCUCAAUAUCAGUCAUUAAUAAAACAAGGCCUUCAGGAGUAUUAUGGACUAUUUCCUGAAAGCUCUCUGCACCAUUUUUUUUUUCUGGUCACAUGUGUGACCAGGAAAAGCACCGCAGAGCAGGUAGGACGACCACACCCCACCAGUUCUUAUUGGAAAAAGUGGAAUGGAAUUCAUACUUUUAAAAUAACCAAGGGAGAAAGCAAGAUUUGCUGAAUUUGAGAGACCAUAUGCUGUUCAAAAUGCUACAUUAAAAUAAUAGUAUGUAGAGUUAUAACAUCAGAUAUGUAAUAAAGGCUUGUUGAUAAUCUUAAAAGGUUUAUCGUCUGUGACAUAUUUGUAGGAUACAAUGACAUUAAAGAUUUAGGAAUUAAGACUAAAAUUCUUUGAGGAUAGAAUUGUGAUUUAAGGAAAAAGUAAUUUUCUGAAACCAAACAAGAAACCACAGAGAACCCCGUGCAAGGUCGUUAACUUCUAGCCAAUCAAGGUAGAUCAUCUUUUUUAUAUAAUUUACACAAAGACUCGCUCCCCAUCCUCCCCCCAGUAUGUAUUAAGCAGAAAGCUAAAAAAUUUAACAUUGGUCUCAGGAUCUCCAAGGUCUUACGCAGUGGUUCAUUCUUAACCGGAGGUGCGAGGUUAGGGCGUUAUUCACAAAAAGUCUUAGACCCCGCAAUUUGUCUAAGACAAAAAAAAAAAAAGUCCACGACUUGCCCCGUG